AAGAGACAGGCUGGGAUUUUAACGAGAAGAUUGCCAACACAGCUCCGGCUUUUGCUAUCAUUAAAAAAAAAUUACAUUUUAUUCAUAAUUUCUUUGAAUAAAUUAAUGGGGAAAAUUGAUUUAGCGAUCCUAAAAAAGAUCUCUUAAAGAUUUGAAAUGGUCAAUAGAAAAAAAAGAGCAUAUUAUUCAUCUAUGGGGAACAAAAACAACUGGUAACUCCCCAAAGGAACCUGUCCUCAUGACCAAUAGUAAGGAUGAUUUCGGAAACACUGGUUUUCAUCUUACAAACCAGUAUGGUAUUUGCAGUUAUGAAGUGGUCGUGGGACGGUUCGACCUUAAGGGCAUGUUUUAGUCCAACGGAAUGAAUUAUCAUUAUCUUUUAUCUCUCUGCAUUUCGACUCUAGAGAAAUGGUACUUAUAAGUACCAUAGAUUUUAAAAUAUCGUGACAUAUUUUAUGAAAGGCCAAAUGGCUGUUUUUUUAUAUAGUUUGUUAGCCCUGACGGGACCCUAACUUUACAAAAAAAUAAAUACCAUUUUUAUUUUAUUGCAUAUUUUUUGUAUUUAAAGAUUUUUUUGACUAGGCGAAAAAUAAAAACAAGUAUUAUAACCUUAAAAAGACCGAACACCUUUUAAGCGUUCUUGAGGAUCUGUUAUCAUUUUAACGUAUCUUGUUUUAAUACUUUGUAAUAAUCAAUUUAUUUCAUUAUCACCCUUGGCCAACAAGUAAACUUUUGCUUGCAAUCAUCAAAUCUUGGAUGGAAAGUAAAUUAAAGACAAGACUUGCUUCCGAGCGUAACUCAGGUAUCGCCAGAAACACACGCGCCGGGAAUUCCAAUGUAAGCCAUUCUAAACCGUGCAUUCAGACAAGUUACCUCAACUUAAGCUGCGAUCCUGACGCAAGGUAAGAAUUUAAUAUGUUAAACGAUCACUUAGUGUAUCCACGUUUUAACAUUUUAUAACUAUAAAUAUCUGCACCGUGCUGUGAGACUUAUUCUUUCUGUUUCACCUUAAACUCCAUGUUGUUUAAUAGUCGUUCUAUUUCUGGAUCUAGGCGCAUCUAGUACAUACGUCUACCUGCUGCUCGACUCAGACUUUGGCCAGCCUAACGAGCAUACAACUAACUUAAGUAAAACACGUCGGAAGAUAGAAUGAAGCAUGAAUAUCUUGAAUUAUACAUGAAGAUAGAAUGAAGCAUGAAUAUCUUGAAUUAUACAUGAAGAUAGAAUGAAGCAUGAAUAUCUUGAAUUAUACAUGAAGAUAGAAUGAAGCAUGAAUAUCUUGAAUUAUACAUGAAGAUGGAAUGAAGCAUGAAUAUCUUGAAUUAUACAUGAAGAUGGAAUGAAGCAUGAAUAUCUUGAAUUAUACAUGAAGAUGGAAUGAAGCAUGAAUAUCUUGAAUUAUACAUGAAGAUGGAAUGAAGCAUGAAUAUUUUGAAUUAUACAUGAAGAUGGAAUGAAGCAUGAAUAUUUUGAAUUAUACAUGAAGAUGGAAUGAAGCAUGAAUAUCUUGAAUUAUACAUGAAGAUGAAACGAAGCAUGAAUAUCUUGAAUUAUACAUGCAGAUGGAAUGAAGCAUGAAUAUUUUGAAUUAUACAUACCUCCUUCUAUUUAAAUUUUUAAUGUAGGCUUAAUAUAAAAUCAAUUUUGGGAAUCAAUUUUAACAUAUUUGUAUAUUUUAUAAUCUUCAUAAUAGGAUGAGAUUAAAACAGAGUAUCAAAUCUAAAAUGAUGUCUCGUCUCUAAGAAUAGAAGAAAGACAAAAAGAGUUAAAAAGUAUGUUUACUUUAAAAAUUGUUUAUUUUUCCCUUCAAAUUUUUAAUAUAUGUUUUGAAUUAACAAAAUCCAUCAGCGAGGGAUUAGUUAGCAUUUAUCGAUUACUUAAACUUUGUAUCUUAAAGCAACAAGGCGGGAAUGAAGCAAAUUUCGACUCUGUUUUGUAUUCUCGCCCUUCAUGUGUUUUCCUCCGAGGCACAGGAGACGGAAGUUGUUAAAACACCCGCAGGGAGGCUGAGGGGUUUGAAGGUGACCGCAAGUAAUGGCCAGUCUCUCUGGGCGUUUCGAGGAAUAACUUUUGCACAGCCUCCUGUUAGACAGCUGCGUUUUUCUAAGCCUUUGCCUUUUCCCGUACAAUGUGAGUAUCAGAUGCUCAUCUAUACCAUUGCCUUUUCCCCGUUCAACGUUAGUAUCAGAUGUUCAUCUAUCAAUGCCAUAGGCUAAAGGGCUGUCAACGUUGUCCACCCUCGUGAAGCUAACUUCCACGAUAAUCUGUCCUGUAUCUGAUUAAAAUAAAAUUGUAUUUAAAAUAAAACGAACACCAUAAAAUAUCUAAUAAGAAUCGAGCUAUUUUUACCCUUUACUUCCUUUAACGUUAUUAGGGUUGGUGUCGUCACCUAAGGCCGCGGCUAUUGAAUUUUCACCUCGGACUUUAUCCCAGUCCCCUUUACCCUAAGCAUAAAUAGUAACCUAAAUUUCAAUAGGACAGAGGAGGAAAUAGCUUCCGCUAGUUUUAGCGUUGAACAUCAAACUUUAAGGACAAAGCUUUCCUUUAGUUUUUGAGGCUACAAACAUAUAAAUCAACUCACCAAUCAUGUCACUGGGGGGCCGAGCGGUCUAUACUGACUCAAUCCCAAUAGCUGUUUCCCUGGAGCUCAAGCCUCACCAAAGCCAAGACAAGCAGAAACACCCCAAGCAACCCGGGUGCCUCGGACUCGCUAACCUUGGACGGCAACCAAUGUUCCCUUUAAGUGUCGCUGAUCCAGGCAUGAGGCAAGGAGCAGCACAACGUUAAAGUGCUAAAGAAGACCAGGUUAAAAUUUUGAUUGACAACGUCCUCUUGGCUAUCAACAUGAACACUCAUAGCUGGCGCAGGAAGAAUAACGCUUUUUGUGUUUGCUUAGUUUAUCAAUUCCGUAGUGAAUGAUGCUAUAAUUAGCGAACUUCGUAAUGCAAAGUUCCACACAUUAACAGCAGAUGAAAGCACUGAUAUAUCGCUGACAAAAAAUUGAUUUUGUACACAAAGAAAGUUGCGGCCAUAUCCCGGUAAUGUUUACAAGACAGGGUUUGUUGGCAUGUUCUCUCUGUCGGCAUGUGACAGUAAAUCUGUGGAAUCAGCAAUAACAGAGUUUUAUCCAGAGAAUUCAUUGGACAUGCAGAAAAUGGUCAUAUUUAUCUCUGAUGGUGCAUCGGUAAUGCUAGGCAAGAACAAUGGAGUUGCAGCAAUUGUUCGCCGAAGUAUUCCACAGCUACAGGAACAACAUUGCAUUGCUCAUCGUGAAGAUUUAGGCAUCGAUGAUGCUUGCAAACAUAUAAGUUAAAUGGCAGACAUUGAAAGAUUCCUAAGGACAUUGUUCAGUAUAAGGUGGACAGUACGGAAAGCCCUGUUUGCCGAACUAGCUAUGGUGUAGGAAUGGGAUUCCGUAGCCUUUAUACCAUUGAAUGAAAUCAGAUGGCUUUCCCUGCACUUUGCUUUACGAGCAUUGCUGAGAAACAUAAACGUAUUGACUGAAUACUGUGAGGAGAAGGCGGGCCUGUAUAAAGAUCCAGUUCAUAAGUAAUUUUUGAAAAAACUAAGGGAUCCGCAAUUUCGAACUGCACUGAUUGUCCUUGAUGAAGUUGCUGCUGAACUUGCUGAGUUAUGCAAGCUACUAAAAAGAAAAAAAAACAUCAAGGCCUUUCAGUUUGUAACAGCAAGGAUCCUUAAGCUCCGUGUCCAGUACCUUGGUAAAAAUGUGCACUGGUCCAAGAAGUUUGCUGAAUUGCUUGCGAAUGACGAGGAUAUAAAUGUGAGUUCCAUCUUAAAAAUCUUUGAUUGUUUAUGUUUUAACCUGGACUCUCGUUUCCCUGAAAGCGUUGAUGCAAUGGAGAAUCUUUGAGAUAUUAGCGUUAAUCGACACUUUAGAUUUUAAUUUUGGCCAAGAAUAACUUGCAGUACCAUUUUUUAGAUAUGCGGCAUUCAUGGAAAAUCAUGAUGGCAUUCUGCCGAAAGUUAAGGAUCAGUACUUUUACUUAAGGUUUGUGCUUGCAGAAAAAUGAGAUGUGUGUUGAUGCAGACUUUCGACGAGAUGUUUCGAUUUGUAAUAAAUGAGGAGUUAUUCGGUGACAUUGUCAUUCUGUUGGAUAUUUAUGCUACAUUUCUUACAACAAACCCCGAUUGUGAACGUGGAUUCAGCCUAAUGUAUUAUAUAAAAAUAAGGUUAAAAAAUAGGCUGAAAGAGUGACAUUUAGACAUGCUUAUGAGGAUUAAGUCGUAUCACAAUGAUCGACAUCAGGUCAACCGUGGCGAUGUGUAUAAAAGAUGAAUAUUGUUGAAAGACAGACGCCAGAGUACCUCCAGAAACGAGUCAAUCAUAUGAAAAGCGGCCAUUGGUAGUGGGUGUGUUAGAAUUUAGUUGCUUGACCCAAAGACGGGAUAAAUAAUAGAAAUAAAUAUAGCUUUGAUUGAAAUAUUGUGAUAUUUAUGAUUAUAAUUAUUAAAUUAUAGUUCCUUUAUUUAUUUAUAUAAAAGUUUUUGCACUUAAGUUCAUUUAUGUAAUUUCCGUGUGUGUGUGUUUGUGGGCUGACACAUAAGAGAAUGCAAACUCUGAAUUCAAACCAGGAGCCAGAAUGAUCAAUAAACUGAUCGUGGGCCAUCAAAAAUAGGGGGAAAAAAGUCUGAUCAAGUCAUUAAUGUGAAAUUCGUCGGAAAACCAAACUUUAAUAUAAAUAUAUGGAUCCUUGCUCAUUAAGGCACAGACAUGACCCGCAAUACAUCAUUGUGGCACAGACAUUCCCCACAAUAAUCAUUGUGGCUCAUAUAUAUUAUUAUGGCUUCGUCCAUUGUUGUCCAGCCUACUGUUAUGAGAGGUUUUCGAUUUUUUACAUCAUCGUGAUCGGGUCUCCUCGAAACAAAGUCUCUGACACAACGCCGACAGAAACUAACUCAGUGGAGCAAUAUAUCCAUUUGACGGCCUGUUGACGGGAUUUGCGCCAUUGGCAAGUGGGUGCAUAUAAAAAUUUAUCCUUGCCAGUCGUUAGUUAGCCAACUUUCCCUGUUCACAGGUUUUCAAUGUCUUUGGCGGAGUGGGGGUGCUGACGGACCCUGAUAUUUUGUAAACCUAUUUAAGUGAACACUCGACUCAGUCAUGCAUGACUGUCAGGGCGCAACCAGAGAAGUUAAAAAGAAAUGCCUAUUCACGACGGGCUCUAAAGUUAUAUAAAUAUACUGGGGGGGGUGUCACUAAAUGUGGUAUAUCUCCUUAAACAAAUGAACGAUUUUGUCAAAAUGGGACCCAAAUAAGGCGAAAUAUCAAAAUUACCAAAUACAAUGUUUUUUUUAAAAAGGUAAAAUGGGAUACCAAUAUUUUAUUCAUUCCUAAAAGAGCCAUGGCGUAAAAUAAAUUAAAAACAAGGUCGCUCUCAAUACAAGGGGAGAGAAGCACUGAUCACCCGAUGCAACAUUUGCCGGAAACACACAAACUGGGAUCUCUACAUAUAAGCUGAUUGCUCUUGUGCAGCCACAAUCGACAUACCCCCGUUAAAACUUUACAUUGUACAAGGUAAGAGCUGAAUAAUAACUAAUGUAUACAUGUGUUUAGUUUUCCAGAGUUGACAAUAGAUGUAGACCUUGACACGAUAGUAUGCAUUAUUUUUAAUCUUUGCGUGCUCGGCAGCAGUUUUAACAACAUGCACAAAAUAUUUACUUUUUAAUGGAGGCUGUAAUUUUUGUGUGUUUAGACUUCUAAAUGUUUUUCUUUUCUUUUUUUUUUUUUUGGUCCUAAUUUGUUGGUUUUACGCUAGGGUGACCAAAUCAUGAACUGGAGAAAACGGGACACACACAAGGAGGGUCGUUUAAGGGGGAUACGCUCCAGUUAAAGAGGGCUUUGGCGGCCUCCGUCGUAAAGUGCUUAUUGAAAUAUGUUCAUUUUAACUAUUUUGAGACCUAGAAAUCAAUCGUUUAAAUUUACUUUCACCAUAUUACACGUAGCUGUAUCAAAAUGGGCUUCUGUGCAGUUACCCCUCACCCCCCCCCCCACAAACCCGGCUUCAAGUCUCGUGUUUACGCAGCGUCGGCAGAGUGGUGGAAAUAUUUUGAGACCUAGAAAUCAAUCGUUUAAAUUUACUUUCACCAUAUUACACGUAGCUGUAUCAAAAUGGGCUUCUGUGCAGUUACCCCUCACCCCCCCACCCCACAAACCCGGCUUCAAGUCUCGUGUUUACGCAGCGUCGGCAGAGUGGUGGAAACUGGUGGAGAGGAAACAGUGCAGCCAUCACGCGAGUCCACAUCUCAACCAAUUGAACGUGGGCCCCUCAAAUAUAAAAAGAAGAAGAUCACUACUGGCACUGGCUACACAGCUAGCUAAAAUAUUACUUGAAGUUAUGUUAUAAAUUAGGAAGUUUUAUUGAUUUGAAAUGUGUUUGGUUUUAAAAAAUGGGACAUUUAGGCGUCCCGAGACUUUAUUUGGGACACCGGGUACGAUCGAGAAAAAACGGGACAAUUCCGUUUUAACGGGACAUUUGUCACCCUAUUUUAUGCGCAAAAGACUCCCCGUGUUUACUCCUCAUGCGACCUGCGCCGAGACCCACUCAGGGGAUGGUUAACAAAGUUUUAGUGAAGCAGUUUGAAGAAAGGCCCCAUGAUAAAUAACAGAAUUACAUCAUUUAAUGAAUGUUGGAAGAUAGUUAUUAAAUAACAAGAUAUAAAUCUAGACCCGUCACAAGCAAAAUCUUAGCCGGGGGGAAGGGGGGCAAAACUUUAAAUUUAGGCAGCCUCUUCUGUGAUUUCAAGAUUUGGAGAAAAUACUUUUAUUAGUUGAUCUAUAUUUUGUUCUCGAUGAAAACAAAAAUCUUUAAGACGCUAUAUCCCCGCAAAGUUUUGCUAUCCCCACAAAAAAAUAAAUAAAAAAAUAAAUGAGCCCCUCAUUCAGCUAGUUGAAUUUGUUGGUUCAUAUCGCUUGACUGAUACUAACUUAGAGCGAAAACUCGUAUCUGUUGAUCGUUUUUACUGCAUCUUACAGCAACAAGACGGGAAUGAAGCGAUUUUCGACUCCGUUUUGUGUUCUCGUUCUUUAUGUGGUUGCCUCCAAGGCACAGGAGACGGGCGUAGUCAAUACCCCAGCCGGGAGGUUGAGGGGUUUGAAGGUGACCGCAAGUAAUGGCCAGUCUCUCUGGGCGUUUCGGGGAAUCCCAUUUGCACAGCCUCCUGUUGGACAGCUGCGUUUUGCCAAGCCACUGCCAUAUCCAGAUCAAUGUGAGUAUCAAUUGUUCUUUCAAUGAUUCUAAGCCUUGGCUCGAACCGCUCAAUGUUGAGUUGUUUCAGGUCAUCUAUAAAUUAUGUACAGUGUUAAUUUGGCAGAUUAUUUAACCACAUCAAAACAAAUAGUCACACAAUAGUUGACACAAUCAUCAUACGAUGUCACAAAUAUCUCACCCUUUUCCCCACCCUACCUCAAGGCUAUCAUCAACUAUGUAUAAAUUCAUCAAUCCAUUGCCAUAACAUUUUCAGUGUCAGUAUCAUAAAUUACUCUCGAGAACACUUCAGAUGUUAGCACAAAUGACAAAUAGAUUAUAAUGAAAACUUUGUUUGGAAUUUUUGUAGGUAAUCGGAUCUCGAUUUUUCCGAAUGAAAUUUAAGAUUUAACAAAAAAAAAUAUAUAUGUCAAAUUAUGUUUAAACGGUUUUAAUAAACAUUGAAAGAUUUCGACAACUCUAAAAUUGUUCUGUUUAAAAUCCUCCCACUUAAGGUAAAUCUCUCUUAUGAAUGAAUCAGUCUUAUUCAUGUAUUUUGUGAAAAUGUAACUCUACGAACUUUCUGAACGUUGUAUGUAUAAUUUUCUUGGUUACUUUACUGGAUAAGAGAUCAUUUCGCAAAAGUUUUUCAUAAUGUUAAAAUGUUAAAAUACGCAAAACCUAACCUAUUUUUUUUAAAGAUCAAGAGUCUAUAAAAAAUAAUUCUACCCAAAUCUUUUAAAUUAAAUACUCAGCAUAGAAAAGCCGGUGAGUGACUUCUAGAGGCCACCUGCCACUUUUUCAGUUGUAUGCCCCUGCAUUCAGGAUUUAUUUGUGCCACACCCCUUCUUUAGUUGAGUCCCUUAUAUAUCCGAUGCUUGGCUCCAGCGACAGGGGUAAAAUAGCAAUUCCACCAUUUAUUUCAAUAAGUGCAAAAAAGUCACUGUUUUUACAUGUUCAAUUAUAAUAUUUUUUCCAAACAGCUGACGUUAUAGAUGCUACGAGACAGAGAGCUUCCUGUAUACAAAAUGAUCAAAGGCUUUUGCCUAAUGAGACAAUAUCAGAAGACUGUCUGUUUCUUAACGUCUUCCUCAAAGAAAUCAAUGUCAGCCCUCAAGAACGAAAGAAAGUUCUCGUGUUCAUACACGGUGGGGCUUUCUUCUUGGGAUCUUCGAUAUCUUAUAAUCCCGGAAGUAUAGCCACGGACCACGACAUUAUUGUUGUCGUCAUUCAGUAUCGACUCGGUGCUCUCGGGUUUCUAACGACAAAAAAUCAGGCUGCCCCUGGAAACUACGCUCUCUGGGAUCAAACUCUAGCAUUGAAAUGGGUUAAAAACAACAUUGGUGCUUUCGGCGGAGACGCAAGUGACGUAACGAUUGCAGGACAAUCAGCAGGGUCGAUGUCCGUGUCGCUCCUCACACUGAGUCCAGAGACAAAGGGACUGUUCACCAAGGCUUAUUCUGCCAGUGGAGUGGCCAUGUCAAGCUUUACCGACUACAGAAACAGUGACAGCAUCAUUAUGUCCCUGGCUAAAUCUCUAAACUGCUGGAACAGAACCGAAGCGUUAAAAUUAGAUGCUAACAAGUCUGUGGAAGUCAUUCAGUGCCUUCGCGCCCGCCCAGCUUCGGACUUCACACGAAUUCAAUUCACCGAUAUCUCAAGACCUAUCUACAUACCCUGGGCAGAUGGUGAGAUUAUUCCUAAAUCUCCGAGGGAUCUGAUGAAAGACACGAACUACUUGGAAAGUAUCGGAUUUUACGACAGGCGAUAUCUCCACAGCGUGAACAACAACGAAAAAUCUGUGCUUGCUGGAUUUUUAAAUGAAUCCAGGACCUCUAUCUACAGUAACAAAAGCCUCACGGGGGAGGAAGCAGAAAAAAUUUGGCAAAGAACUCUAUCAACUUCAACAAAAGCAUCCGUGUAUGACAUGCGGGGAGCGGAUCAGGCAAUGGAUAACGUUAUUGGCUCAGCUCUACAGUGGUAUUCAGCCAGGCUUUUCCCACCCUACGACGUCUACGAACUUCAAGCGGAUGUGACCUUUUUUAUCCCCACUUUUGAUUUCAUCAACACCAUAGGCAAAAGCGGGCGGACGUCCUCCUGGCUCCUGUAUUUCAACCACUAUCCCAAGCAUAUCACACCUGAUAUUAAAGGAAGUCCACACGGAUUGGACCUGGCGUAUUGGCUCGACGCCGAUGAGGCAUCGUUGCGUCGCCGAUCAAUUGAGAAGUUUGAUGAUGAGGAUGUGAAUUUAAAGAAAGUCUUUUCCAGCAUUGUAGCGAAUUUCGUUAAAUUUGGGUGAGUAGUUUUAUUUAUUCAGUUUAAUAUUAAUUUUUUUUUUUUUUUACAAAGUUAUUUAAAUUUUGAUUUUGUUAAUUAAUUGCGUCAUCACAGGCAGAUGUUAAAGUAAAUGAACGAAACGCUUAUCCAUUUUUUUUCUAAAACGAAAGUAAAUCCCAUUGCAUGGAAAGUCGAUUCUUGUAGACCUCUUUCCCUUUCCUCUACCAUACAUUGUCACAACCUAUGUAAGCGAAGGAAUUGUUGCAAUUUGUAUACUGUAAACAUUAAAAGAAAUCAUUAUAAUUACAGUAAAUAAUAUUUGAUAUGUAGCUGUUUUAUAAAAAAAAAAAUUCAGGCGACGCUCAUCGAUUGAGUCGUGCUCUCAUUAAAGUCCUCUUUCAUCUUUCCUGUUUAUCAAAUUAAACACGCAACUCAAAACAUGACAUCGUGUCAUACAGCUAAUCAGUUUGCUGCUGGAAUUGUCAUUUCCAAUAAAGUUGCGGUCGGUAAAGCUUACUUUGCAAUCAUGUCAUCCCCAGAAACCCAGAAUCCAAUCUCCUUGCAUUGGGCUCAUGUCGAUGGAGACCCAACGGCUCGUAUUACCUGAACUUUAACCCCAAGCCCACUGUGGAGAGAAAUCUGAGACGCGAACAGAGACAGCUGUGGAUGAAUGAAGCGUUGGAAACGUGUGCAGAGGAAAUGGAGGACAGAUCAGGCUUGAGUUCAAGUGCUCGCAGCAUUGUAUCUCUUGUUGCUCUCUUCUCAUCACUAUUUGUGUCUUAUUUCUCGCUGAUUUGAUCACUCUGUACAUUCCUAAUGUCCUAUAGGUAGACACGUGAUAAUAUCGUCAUUGAAAUAUGUGUUUUGUAAAAGUAUCCAAUCUUUCAAAUCUAAUUAAAUAGUUGUUCUAUCUUGCUUCCAAAUACUACCUUCACCAUUAUGUUUACAUCUCUGUGCACCAAGUAUAGAUAUAUGGUAUUUAAUUAAGUUGUAGAAACCGAAACGAUAGGGGAGUGAAUGCGCGGGAGCUUGUCUUCUGAGGUAAUUGUCUCCAGCGGUGUACCUAGCUAGAGUCAGUGCCACCCUGGGUGACCCAAGAAUUUAGCCCCCCCCCCCUCCACGAAAAAAAUCUUCAGUUGCCAGAAAUAGUUGCUCUAUAUAAAGAAAAUAGUCGCGGCACGCCUACUCCUCACUACUCACUAAGUAUUCAUGCAUUCUUGAGUUCAAGCCGUUUGAGCGAGUGAACAAAAAAAACAAAGCUACUAUACUUUUUCUGCUUGUGAUCAUGUUAGGUAAAUUUUCGACUACGUUUUCUCUUUUCAUGAAAGUUCAAGUCAUAAAAUAUGUUUUGGUUUACUUAUUCAGUAGUUACAUCUUUCAUUUUAGAUUAGAAACUUAUAAAAUACUUUAACAUGUUACUCAUGACGUGGUUUGCGUGUCUGAAAUUUCCUUUUUUUUUGUGUAUGUUCCUAAUCACAGUGUAAACAAGCAAUCCCUUUCAACUAUCAUUUCAAUCAUAGCCUUUUAGAAAUUUCUAAGGUAAAACAUAUUCUUUCUCGCUAUUACUAAUACACUAAAAAUCAUGACCAUUACAUUGGACUGGUUGGUAUUGUUUUGGGGUCAGUUUCAAGCUAAUUUAUCUAUGCUUUUUGUAACAUUUUUCUCUUAGCUCACAUUUGGAUUAAUCAAUUUGUGUUUCCUAUCAAAGUUUCAAGCCCUUUAAAAAAUCUGGGUUGUUUUAUGAAUUAUUAACCGGUAAGUGCAAACAAUUUUAAAAUUACUAACCUAAUUGCUUACAAAAGAAAAAGGGCGACACAAAACUUCUUUUGCGUGCAUUCGAAUGAUACGAGUUUAAAAGUUUAAAAUGCCAUGUCAAUAACAGCCUCUGGUGCAUUUGGGGGUGUUGAAUAAAAUGUUCAUGUUAUUCGUAAAAUUUAUUUUUAUAUUAUACUUCAUUAUAUUAAUUUUCUGUGUUUAUAAUAAAAAAAAUUUCUAAUUUCAAGCUUUAAAGUUUCUUUGAACAACAUUUUUUUUACAAUAUUUUAGAAGUGGGUAGAAAUAUAUAUACAUAUAACUUGCUCUUUGUUCGCUUGAAGAAUAAAUAAGUCAAGGGAGGGGGGGGUGGCCUGAAUAUUUUUUUUUCUGAAAAAAGAAGCAGUAAGCAAAAUAAGUUUUGAUAAAUAAAUCAAAUGAUGAACCAUGCGCAAACACGAUUGACGAAGGUAUUAUCUAAAGGGAUUUCGUUCACACUAUCGUCACAUUCCCGAGCAGAUCGACAUAAAUCGUCUGUUUUGAAAAGCCGACUGGCGUAUAUAAGUAUAUGUAAAUGUGAGACCGAGCUUCAAGAACGGAACUGAGAACAAUAAAGUUUGUUAUUUUUGUGUGCAAAUGAUCAUUUGGUAUCAGGGCCGUGCGAAUGAAAAACUCCAAGUUGGGUGAAGUCUGACAACUGCUUCAUCAAUAAAUCAUAUAGACGCAUAUAGAAAUGAAUAAAUGACGAUUUUGCCCCC